AUGACUGCAAAUACUACCGAUACAGAUAGAGCGGUUUCUUUUCAUUCCAAGUUUUUCACAAAAUGUGAGAAAAGUGUCCUGCAAGAUAGGCAUUUCUCACAAUUGGCUCCGCGGACAACAUUGAGGUUUACGGAAUCUUCUGAUGAACCAAAUCCAGUUUCGGCGUUGGACUUCCAUCCAACAGGCUCUUAUGUGGCGUAUACCAGAGGUGAUGGAUCUUUAAGUCUUUGGAAGCUCAAAUCCGAUCGGUCAGAAACUUAUGUGACAUUGACUCAAGCUCUGCCGAAGACCUUGCCUGCCCUGAAAAAAGACAGUUUUGUCUCUUGGAACCCAUUUAGUGGGUUUUUACUGGCUGCAAUAAACGACACGGAUGGAUUGGAUAUCUAUGAUGCUUCUACCGGCACCAUUAUCAAAAGUCUGAAAACUGAGGCUGGGGCCGUUUAUAACAUGUGCUUGUACGACCCUAGCGGUAAAUGGCUUGCUGUUUUGACACAGGACCAUCAAUUCUUACUCUUUGAUGCGGAUGGAGAUUACGAAUUACUGUGGCAAUCACGUCUGUGCGAUUUGGUGAAUGAUGUGUCUUCACCUUGCCAGAUCACAUCCUUAGUUUGGUCGCACGAUAGCAGUAAGGUUUAUGCGGCCUUCCGGUCUGGGGAAAUUAAAAUUUAUGAGGUUCUUACAACUGGAUUGCAACAAUUGAUCGCCGUUUCAGGCCACACAGGCCCUGUUAAUUGUUUAAAACUGGAUCACACCGGAUCGUAUCUAUUCGCCGGCGGGGAAGACACCAUAUGCUCAAUUUGGGAUCUGUCGACCAUGUGUUGCACUCUAACUAUCAACAACUUUUCUGACUCCAUCAGAGACAUGGAUUUAUCUUAUGACGGUUCGAUCCUGGCGUUAAGUUCUCCGACAUGCCUGCAAAUAUAUGCAUUAGACACACGGGAUUCCAUCUACGAGAUAAUAUGGAAGAGCAAAGUGGAUAGACCUAUAUUUCGAUUUUAUCCAGGACGACUAGCUUUCAUGGCCUCGACUGAAAACGAUUUGAUCGCCAAGUUCCACAAGCCGAACCCCUCAGAUGACGUAGAUGCUCAUACCACCACAACUGCCGACAAGAGGGGCCAACCGGACCGUAAACUUGGAAAUGGUGCUAGCCGUCGACGUGAUGAUGAUGCGCCGCCAAGAACCAGGUUUGUAAGAAGAUCGGUAAGACGAUAA